UGGUCAGUAUAAAAACUAUAGAAGUCUAUGGAAAGCCCCCACAAUUCACAAAAACAAACGUGUGUGUGUGUGUAAAUACAUUAUAAAAUGAUAAAUAAAUUACUUACAUUCCAAUAUAUCAGACAAAGAACUGAGGAGAAACAAAUAUAGAAGACUCUCUUCUCUUUCUGAUGCGGCGCGAAACUAUUUGCGGAAAUGACGUCACCUAGUUACAGUAGCUAACGAACCCACACACUCUUCUCUGUGCAGUGAGGUGGACAGCUGAAAGAGGCUGUUUUAGCUCUUAUCUUCAGCCUUUAUGUUUCUGAACAGCGUUUGGAGAUAUACAGCGAAAUAAAAUGAAGUACGUCAGCUUUGUGUUUUGGAGAUUUUGCCUGUCAAUGACGCAGUCCCGCAUGUUUUGAAGCGAAUGUCAAAAGGUUCCACUAAUCAAGGUAAUAUUUAGAGGACAAACUGCAGACAUGUACAGCCCCAAAGAGCUGGAGGGAGAAGUUGAUCACUCCUUCUUUGACAGUGACUGUGAAGCUAAUGAACCUGGUUCUGAGGAUGGGCGGCUCAAAAAACUGAAGGCCACGGAAAGACAAGAUGAGAAAACAGGAAAAGAGACACAUGUUUCAAUGGAUCAGAUAGGAAAUGAAGCUCAAAGUGUAAGGAACAGUAAAGUUGAAGCCAGAUUGGAGGAUGAUUCAAACCAGAGCAGCAGGGGACAAAGUGAAGAGACAGGAUAUGAAAGAGAGCGACAAAGUAGUGAAGGACUUUUUAAAGGCUCUUCAUCACUCCCAAGUGCCAAAAGCUUAGAGACAAUAAACAACAGCCAAUCAGAUGAAGGAUCUAGUGUGCAUUCAUACUCAUCUGAUGAGGAAAGAGAGCAGGAUGAUGAUUUUAAACUCAGGAAAACCAAUAGUAAUGUUAACAGCGAUGAUGAUGAUGAUGGAUACCAUCGUAGUGAUGAUGAAAGUGAGGAAGAUGUGAGAUCGCCAGUCACGCGAUCAACCAAACAUAAGGGAUUGUCUCAUGGAACACCUAAAAAAUCUGGAAAAUUCCACAAGCUGAGCCGUAGCCGUUCAUCAUCUUCUGACCCUGAAUCCUCCCACAGUAGUGAAGAGAGAAGCUCUUUUCCAUCUCAGAAAUCACCUCUAAAGCAUCAGCGGGUGGGUUCAGCUUAUCAGAAAGAGCGACAAAAAGAAAUUUUAGAAUCUGAAGACACGGUUACUGAUGUGACCCCUCUUUCGACGCCAAAUGUUAGUCCUUCCCAGUCCAUUGAUUUGGUUCUGCCCUCAAAACCUCUGGCAGCAGAUGUUCAAAAGCAACAACAGCCUAGUGUUACUGAGAAGAUGGUUGUGAAUGAUAUUUCGGAUGGCAGUAUAAGUUCUGAAGGAGAGGAUGGACCAGAGUUUUUAAAAGUAGAGAAACAGUUAAACAGAGUACUCAUGGUCUCCAGUCCUAGCAGUGUUAGCAGCAGCCGUAAGAACUAUUCCUUCACAAAUGAAGAGGUACGGGAGAUCGACCGGGAGAACCAGCGGUUACUACGUGAACUGUCUCGGUCAUCAGCCCGUUCACCAAGGGGCAGCUCCGCCUGCUCCAAAAUCAGUAGUCACAGGAGUAGUGCACCACCCAUACGCCUAUACCACAGCGCCCUCAACAGACAGCGAGAGCAAGAGCGAAUUCAGAAGGAAAACCUGGCAUUCCUGAAGCGUCUAGAAUCUGUGAAGCCCACUCCUGGCAUGACCCGAGAUGAACAGCUAGCUGAUUACCAGCGGCAGUGCCGAUACCUGGGAACACACAAUACGGAUGUUCCACCAGUCAAACUCAAGUCCAGUAAAACAUCUGGAAGGACUUCAAGACCUAGCAGUAGUCCUCACAAAUCUAGACCGGGAACCGCUAAACUCAGCAGAGCAACACCACGGCCUGCAUGGUCCUGAUCCUUACAUUUUUUCAUUCGCUUUCUCUACCCCCAACACUUUCACUUACAUGAUCUGCUCUGACUGUAAGUAGAAAAUAUGACUGCAAGUCACAACACCAAACAUUCUGGAUAAAUGCUGCAAAACGGCUUGAGCUCAUGGUAAUUUGUCAAGAUGUGGAGUGAUAUCAAUUUAAAUAUUUGUCGGAAUAAAAACACAGCUAAGCAUUUGCUGACAUGAAUUAUUUGACAGUGUGCUGCUAUAUAUGAGAGUAAAUGAAUUCAAUCAACAUUGUUCGGGGACCAUAAAGUGUGACAUUUUCAUUUUCAAAAGUACUAGUGCCUAUAUGUGACAGACAAUAAAGACUUUCUAUAUGUUUAAGCUGUGUUUUGUAAAGCCAUUGUUGCUGUUAUCAGAAUAAUUAAUUACGUGACAUGAAACUGUAAAAAUCAUGUGAAAUAAAGCUUUGUUAGUUAGGGUAAUUUUCAGUGUUGAUUUUCAGAAAGUGAAAGUGAUUUGUUUAUUGACCCAGCUGUAUGACACUUGAAUACUUGGCAUGCUGGUUUGAAAUGAUGCACAUGCUCAGACAGUGUCCUGUCUGUUACAAUGAAUGUAACAAUGCUAGUUAUUCACCUGUCACUCCUAAAGUGCUUUUAAAAAGGCUGACUGACACUUGCUGACAGACUAACAAGCUUAUUAUGCAAGCACACAGACUGGCACAGUAGUAAUUUUUAAGGAGGACUCUGUUAAGUUGUUUGACUCAUAUUACUGUAACUAGUUACUGUUACUAGCUUUUACUGAGAUAUUGCUAUGAUAACAGUUAACAGUUAUUUUGAUAUAUUUUGAUAACAGA